GGACCUAUUGACGGUCCUUUAAGGAGCGUGAAGCAGUAGCGGUCGUCACUUCCUGUCAGAGCGCCAUACCAGGAAGUGACGUCAGGGCCGAGGUCCCGUCAUGGAUAGAACUACUUAAAUAGUAGGAUGGGUGACACAGUGGAUGAAAAGGACAGCUUCUACUCCAAUGCAGAGAAGUACUGGCGGGAUAUUACCCCAACUGUGGAUGGUAUGCUGGGAGGCUAUGGCAGCAUCUCAAACAUUGACCUCAAUGGAUCCAAGGCAUUCCUGCAGAAAUUUAUUGGUGAAGGUGAAGGGAAAGCUGGCUCAAGCUGUGCCCUGGACUGCGGAGCAGGUAUAGGACGCAUUACCAAACGAUUGUUAUUGCCACUCUUCCGCACUGUGGACCUGGUUGAUGUGACCCAGGAAUUUCUGGACAAAGCCAAAACCUUCCUAGCUGAAGACGGCAAACGUGUAGCCAAGUAUUUUUGCUGUGGCUUGCAGGACUUUGUGCCAGAGGAAGGACGCUAUGAUGUCAUCUGGAUUCAAUGGGUAAUUGGCCACCUGACAGAUGAGCACCUGGUGGAAUUCCUUCGACGUUGCCAAAGUGGUCUACGGCCCAAUGGUCUAAUUGUUGUCAAAGACAAUGUGUCAUUUGAGGGUGUGGUGCCAGAUGUCGUGGACAGCAGUGUGUGCAGAGACAUGGCCAUAUUGCGCAACCUGGUACGUCAGGCAGGCUUGCGAAUCAUCCAUGAAGAGCAACAAAUGAAUUUCCCAAAGGAGAUCUACAAUGUCCACACACUGGCCCUCAGAUAGAUAAAAAGGAAAAAAAAAAUGGAUGAAGUGAGUGGACGGAAUAUAGAGUUGGGCUGACCCCCCGGCUCCACUGCCGGCAUUGUGUUUCGUUGCUAUCAGUGUUGCGUUCAUUGCACCACGCUACAUGCUCCACAGGGUUAAGUCGAGUGUUUUUCCAAUUGAUAAAUUAUUUUCAUUGACGACAAGUCUAGGUCUAUACCGGAGAGUUUGCAUGUUCUCUCCAGUCAGUAUGCUGUUUGUGUGUACUCUGCAUGAGCUCAUGGGGUUAUCGCUCAACUAGGCAUCUUUCUAUGUGGAGUAGAAAUGUUCUCCCCAAGCUCACAUGGGUUUCCUCCAAUAUCAAAAAGAACCCCAAUAAAAACGUGCAGAGCACUCUCCUGU